AUGACGUUACGAGCUUCCCGGGUGCUGCUGGUGGGGAUGAAGGGUCUCGGAGCAGAAGUGGCGAAGAAUCUCAUCUUGGCAGGAGUCAAAGGCUUGACCAUGCUGGACCAUCAGCAGGUUUCCCAAGAGGACACGCGAGCUCAGUUCCUCAUCCCCGUCGGUUCCUUGGGCCGCAACAGAGCCGAAGCCUCGCUGGAGCGGGCGCAGAACCUCAAUCCCAUGGUGGACGUGAAAGCUGACCCCGAGAGCGUGGAGAGCAAGCCCGAAGAGUUCUUCACCCAGUUCGACGCAGUCUGCCUGACCUGCUGCUCCCGGGAUGUUAUGGUGAAGAUCGAUCAGGUUUGCCACAAGAACAGCGUCAAGUUCUUCACCGGCGACGUUUUCGGCUACCACGGCUAUAUGUUUGCCGACCUCGGGGAACACGAAUUCGUGGAGUGA